UCUUUCCUAAAGCCGAUCUAGGCAUUCGCUGGCACAGUUUGGGCGUGCUUGUCUCUCGCGACUGGACCAACGCCUCGCUGUCUCAACAGUCGUCACCAUUCAGCGCAAGGUUCUGGCCCUCGGCUGUCGGUAGACCUGCGUUGCAACCCUUCUUGUUGUGCUAUUUCCCCCUUCCGCUGCAAUGCCGUCCGCCGUGGGCUCGAAGACAACGGUCAGGGUUCUGAUUGCCGGCGGUAGCUAUGCGGGCCUCGCCGUGGCAGUCAACCUCCUGGACCUACACCAUGGCCUACCCCCUCGCAUGGCUCCGGAGCCCUAUGUCAUCGACGACCAGUGGCCCAAAGUCCAGUUCGAGAUUGUGAUUGUCGAUGAGAGAGAUGGGUUUUUCCACGUCGUCGGCUCUCCACUUGCCUUGGCCGACUUCAACUACUCCAAGCAGGCGUGGGUCCCGUUCAAGGACCUGAAGCUUUCCAAGGAACCCAACGUCAAGUUCAUCCACGGAAAGCUGUCGCACGUGGAUUGCAGCGCCAAGAGGGCUACAGUGCUUGCCCACGAUAGCAACGAGGAGAAUAUCCUUGACUAUGACUACAUGGUCACCGCCACCGGGUUAAGGAGAGAUUGGCCGGUAGUUCCGCAGUCGCUUACUUAUUCGGACUAUUUGGCAGAGGUACACAACCAUAUCAAAGAAGCUCAAAACGCAAGACACGGCGUCAUGGUUGUCGGCGGUGGCGCUGUCGGGGUGGAAAUGGCGGCCGAAUUGAAGCUCGUCAUGCCUGACAUCAAGGUUAUGCUCGCUCACUCUCGCGACAAACUUCUCUCGUCUGAGGGUCUUACCGAUGAGUGUAAGGAUACGUCCUUGGAUCUGCUCAAGGGAGCAGAUGUCGAAACAUUCAUGGGCCAUCGAAUGGAAAGCUGCGACAAGAUCGAAGCAGGAGGACGCUCCGGUGAAUACGACGUCAAGUUCACCAACGGCGUCCAGGUUCCAGCGAGCAUGGUCAUCACGGCCAUUUCCAAUGGUGUACCGUCAACGAGGUUCCUCCCCGGUGCCGCCGUCGCCCCUUCGGGGCAUGUUCGCAUUCAACCCAACUUAAUGUUCCCCGCCGACACGCCAAACUUCGAGUACCAUUACUGCGCCGGAGACGCAGCCAAAUGGUCUGGCAUCAAGCGCUGCGGCGGCGCCAUGCAUGGCGGAUACUGCAUCGCCAUGAACAUUCACCAAAAAACAUUGGAGAACAGCGUUGGCCAUGAGCCACAGUACCGGGAGCUCGUGUAUCUUGCGCCCAUGAUUGCGAUGGCCGUUGGCAAGAGCGCCGUUGCGUCAAACCCCGACUCUACAAGAUCGGGGCCGGAGGUGCUGAAGAAAUAUUUCGGCACCGAUCUGUAUCUCUCCGGCUGCUGGAAGUGGUUGGGGCUCGAGAUUCCAGAGUCGGAGAGAAGUUACUCAGCAACGUUGUGACGACGAGCAAUGCUUCAUUAACAACUUUACUGCCGCGAAUUACCCUGAAGACUAGAAUAGAAACGGGAAGUGGCUUUCGGGACCGACUUCCGAGGGCCGGUAGGAAGCUAUGCCACAAAAGCGUACGGCCAAAGGCUCUCGCGCGCCAUUGAACCAGGACGAGUCACAUGUCGAUUAUCGAUUAGGGAUUAUUCGGAGAAAGAGGAAAGAGAGGGCGAGCGAAAUGGUUUUAGAAGUUCUUCAAUCGCGACGCAAGUCUCUUGUCCUCAGAGGGACUCGCGAUGGACGCUUUUUAUUCGACUUGGGUCAAUGGUUCUCAAGAUUGACAAGUCCGCGACCUCUACCACGGGCUGAAGGCGUCAGUUAACUAACACUCCUUUGGACGUCAUCUGAGCUCAGCACUCACCCACUUACAUCGAGUAUUUAGGCGAAUCUGAAGGCGUCCCUACCGACCCGUCAGCGCUGCACCCCUUCACCCUAGAGAACAAUAAUUGGAAGUUACUGUACCUUUCAAGAACGUCAAGACCUCACCAAUGGACUCCCCAAAACGUACC